AUGGAAAAGUUUACUAGAUACCUGAAAGACGCCUGGGCUCUUACCCAAGCUCUUUAUGCACCAAAAAAAGCUUCAUUCAUCAAUGUAUCACUUGGAAAUGUCUCUGGAGAUAUGGACAGUGUGGUCUGUUCAAUAGUUCUUGGAUAUUAUCUCACAUAUAAACAAGGAUUUUAUGAAGAGGUUAAAGACGAAAUUGAUCCAGAGAAUUUGAGCGAAGAGCAACAAAAGAAGUUCUUUGUACCAGUCUUGAACAUGAACAAGGAGGAUAUCGUAGCUAGGAGUGAUAUUAUCCAUCACUUCGAGCUUAACGGGAUUAACUACAUGGAAAUUCCUGCAUAUGAUGAAAUAGACCUUAGACAUUAUGCUGAGCAAGGAACUCUCAGAGCAAAUCUUGUUGACCAUAAUUUCCCUGACUGUAAUCAAGAAUAUUUGGUAGAGCAUGUUGAGAGAAUCUAUGAUCAUCACUUUGAGAAGCCAGCUGAGUAUCCUAAUAUGGUGUUCAAAGACAUUAGGUUCUGUGGUUCAGCAGCCACACUUGUAGCCAAUGCAAUGCUAAAUGACGAGGAACUUAAGUCUGAGCUUUUAGAUCAUCAGGUAGCAUGGUUCGCCUCUGCACCAAUCUUAAUAGAUACUGUUAACUUCAAAGAGAAACAAAGAGGAAAGAAAUGGGACCAAAUCGACGAAGAUGUAUACAAGUUGGUCAAGGAAAUUGCAGGAGACACUAUUCCAGAAGAUUACUUCAGAACUCUUUAUCUCAAAAAGACUGAUGUUCAAACUAACAUUAAUCUUGGAUUCCGUCUCUUGGCAAGAAAAGACUACAAGAACUACAAAAUCAAUGAUGAGUUGUUGGGAAUAUCCACUAUUUUCUUAGACAUCAACAUCUGUGACAAUGAGUUUGGAGCUGAGAACCUUGUUAAAGAAUUUGAUGACAUCAUGAAGGAGAGAAAUCUAAGCAUGUACAUGGUCCUCACCCAUUAUGAAGAAGAUCAUGACGUUAGAAGACAAAUCUUAGCUUAUUCUCAUAACACAGAGUUGGUGGAGAAACUCAAAGACCUAUUCUCUAAUGGAGAAGACUUCAGCACUGAGCCAUUGACUGAGAACAAGCUCAAUGACAUAGAGAACUGAUAUGUUUGGCAAAACAACUACACUUCACAAUCUAGAAAGAAGAUAGAGCCAUUGAUUAGAAAGCAUUUUGCUGUUGAAUAA